AUGGAUUCAUUAGAGUCUCUUCAAAGUAGAAUUAAGGAAUUAGAAGAAGAACUUGCUAAUGAAAAAACUAAAAAUGUUUGCAAAAGAGAAAAAAUUGAAGAAAUGUCAUCUGAAGUUGUGGAUUCAAAUCCUUACAGUCGUUUAAUGGCUUUAAAGCGUAUGGGAGUUGUUGAAAAUUAUGAAGAUAUUAGACUAAAAAGUGUUGCUGUGGUAGGAGUAGGAGGUGUUGGAAGUGUUACUGCAGAAAUGCUAACUCGUUGUGGCAUCGGAAAGCUAAUUUUAUUUGACUACGACAAAGUAGAACUUGCAAAUAUGAAUCGUCUUUUUUUUACACCUGAUCAAGCUGGUCAAUCAAAAGUUGAAGCAGCUGCUGCUACACUGAAAAAUAUAAAUCCAGAUGUUGAAAUGGAAACUCAUAAUUUUAAUAUAACUACUGUUGAUAAUUUUGGCACCUUUCUUGAUAGAAUUCAAUUCGGAGGCCUUAAAGGAAAUUCUGUUGAUCUAGUUUUAAGUUGUGUUGAUAAUUUUGAGGCAAGAAUGGCUAUUAACACUGCAUGUAAUGAACUAAAUCAAGUUUGGAUGGAAUCGGGAGUUUCAGAAAAUGCUGUCUCUGGUCAUGUACAGUUAAUUAAACCUGGCAGAACAGCUUGCUUUGCUUGUGCACCACCUUUAGUGGUUGCAGCAGGAGAUGAAAAAACAUUAAAAAAAGAAGGCGUUUGUGCAGCUUCAUUGCCUACUACAAUGGCUGUCGUAGCUGGUUUACUCGUGCAAAAUGCUCUAAAGUACUUAUUAAAUUUUGGAAAAGUUAGCUAUUACUUAGGGUAUAAUGCUUUAUUAGAUUUUUUUCCUCAAAUGACGCUUAAAGCUAAUCCAGUAUGUGAUGAUUACAAUUGUCAAUUAAAACAAAAACUAGCUGAAGCUGAACCAGAAAACGAAGAAGAAAUUACUGAAACAAAUAACGAAGUGGUACAUGAAGACAACGAUUGGGGUAUCAGCCUUGUCGAUGAAACCCCUGCCGAAUUACUCAAAUCAUCUGCAAAUGAAGAAUUGGCAGAGGGAUUAAAAAGAGCUUAUGAUGCCCCAAUAUUAAGUACCACUGAUUCAAACAGUGUUGAGGAAGUUCAAACCACAUUAGAAGAUCUAAUGGCAAAAAUGAAAUCCAUUUAA